UGUCAUUCGAGCUCGAGCAGAGUGGGGAAACUUGUCUUCCUCAGUGCUCACGGAUUGAGCGAGACUAUCAACCCCCCAGCACGCCGAUAGAGGCUCGUGCUUCCAGCUGGCUCUUGCAACAUGGGCUCUCACUUGCUGGAUUGGCGGCUUUCAUUACACAACACACAACCUACAAUUCGUCUGUAGGCAAUGCUAUUGGCGAUGUGAUGGAGUGGUGAGGUUCAGCUUCGAGGCCAACACGAAAGGAAGCGAUGUGGGGCUUCAAACCGUCUAGAUGUAAAGGCCUUCUUGGGUCAGUGCUUUGUUGUCCCUCCAUCGAUCCAUGCGGCCCAUGUGUCCCAUGUUCCUUCUGGUAGUCCCCGCUCAGCCUUGCACGUAUGAAUUACACACGGUCUCGGUACCCCGAUUAGGAUUCUUAGUACCGACAACACUUUCUGCAAUUGAAUAUCCGCUCCAUCCUCAUCAUGACUCGAAAGUUGUACCGCAGCCCUCCUUUCCGCGCUGAGCAUUUGGGCUCGCUGCUGCGAACGAAAGAACUUCUCAACACCAAGACAGCCUUUGAGAAGGGUGAAGCUCCACAGUCAGACCUUAUUGCCGUCGAAAAGAAGGACAUCAAGACCAUUGUCAGUAAGCAGAAGGAGCUUGGCUAUCCCGCGGCCUCUGAUGGCGAGUAUUGCAGACAUAUGUUCUGGGGCUCAUUCUUUCCCGGUCUAGAUGGGUUUGAGGAGGUCCACGACAUCGACCCGACGGUAUUCCGUGAGUAUGCUCCGGACGUUGCGGCCUUCCUAGAGGCCGGGAAAAAGCCCGGUGAAAGCGUCCUCUGCACCGGCAAGAUCAAGCACGUGGGAAGCACCUAUGUCGACCAGUUCAAGUACCUCGCCAGCCUGGUUUCUGCCGAAGAGGUAAAAAACCUGAAAGUCACCCUGGCCGCCCCCAACUGGUACCACCUACGGUAUAAGGCAGGCUACGCUUAUCCCAAGGAUGUAUAUGCCUCGGACGAGGCGUACUUUGCAGACAUUGCCAAGGCCUAUCAGGACGAAUUGCGGAUAUUGUACGAUGCCGGGUGCCGAAACGUCCAGUUUGACGACCCCAAUCUUGCCUACUUCUGCUCCGAAAAGAUGCUCGACGGCUGGAAGAAGGACCCACUGAACAUCCACCCAGCGGACGAAGUAUUCGCCAACUACAUCAAGCUCUACAACGACCUCCUCUCCCAGCGUCCCACCGAUCUCCACAUCGGCGUGCACCUCUGCCGCGGCAACUUCGUCGGCAGCCGCCACUUCUCCGAAGGCAGCUACGACCGCAUCGCAGCCAGACUCUUCCAAGAGCUCAACGUCGACACCUACUACCUCGAGUACGAUACUGCGCGCGCAGGCGGCUUCGAACCCCUCAAGGAGCUGCCCACACACAAGAACGUCAUCCUGGGCGUAGUGACUAGCAAGUUCCCCGCGCUGGAAGACAAGCAGGAGAUGAAGGCGCGCGUCUACGAAGCGGCUAGAUUCAUUGCCGAGGGAAACAAUAUCUCCGUCGAGCAGGCUCUGGACCAGAUCGGUGUCAGUCCGCAGUGUGGUUUUGCUAGCCACCGCGAUGGUAAUGCCAUUGACUACGCCGGUAUGAUCAACAAAUUGAAGCUUGUGCGUGAAAUUGCCGACGAUAUCUGGCCGGGCCAGUUGUGA